CAUAGUAUUUCUUUCCCUACAUUGAACUAAUCCCAUUUUAUGUUUUGUUUUGGCUUUCCUGUUACUCAAGAUAGUUAGGGUUUAGGUGUCAUAGAUUAUGGAAGGGAAGAGAAACGUCCGCAUCUGCUGUUUAUGCAACCAAAGAAGAGCUUCUCUCAAGAGACCCAAAACCCUUCAACAGAUUUGCACUCAAUGUUUCUACCUCGCCUUCGAAAACGAGAUUCACCAAAUCAUCAUUUCCAACCGUCUCUUCACCCGCGGGGACCGCGUCGCCAUCGGCGCUUCCGGCGGUAAAGACUCCACCGUCCUCGCCUACGUUUUAUCCAAACUCAACCGCGACCACGACUACGGCCUCCACCUCUCCCUCCUCUCCGUCGACGAAGGCAUCACCGGCUACCGCGACGAUUCCCUCGAAACCGUUCAUAGAAACCAGAUUCAGUAUGGAUUGCCUCUCAAAAUUGUCUCCUACAAGGAUUUAUACGGCUGGACGAUGGACGAGAUUGUCAAACAGAUCGGUUUGAAGAACAAUUGCACCUUCUGCGGCGUUUUCCGUCGUCAGGCGCUUGAUCGGGGAGCGGCUUUCCUGAAGGUGGAUAAACUGGUGACUGGACACAACGCCGACGACAUUGCGGAGACGAUUUUGUUGAAUAUAUUGAGAGGUGAUAUAGCUAGAUUGAGUAGAUGCAGUUCAAUUGUAACAGGUGAAGAUGGACCAAUCCCUAGAUGUAAACCUUUUAAGUAUACUUAUGAAAAAGAGAUUGUUAUGUAUGCAUAUUUCAAGAAGCUUGAUUACUUUUCCACUGAAUGUAUUUAUUCUCCAAAUGCUUAUCGUGGUUUUGCUCGCGAGUUCAUCAAGGAUUUGGAGAGAAUCAGACCCAGAGCCAUUCUCGACAUCAUCAAAUCUGGAGAGAAUUUCAGGAUUUCUACCACUACUAAAAUGCCAGAGCAGGGAACGUGUGAACGCUGUGGUUAUAUUUCAAGUCAGAAAUGGUGUAAAGCUUGUGUUCUGCUUGAUGGAUUGAAUCGAGGUUUGCCUAAACUGGGAAUUGGACGGAGUCGGGUUGGCAAUGGUUGCAAGGAAGAAAAUGAAAAUGAAAGUCGUGGAAGAAAGAGCAUUGAGAGCAAACAAUGUGGAUCUUUGGACUUCUGAUUUUCUAUGUAGGCAUCAUCAUAAAUCAGCGGCUUCUAAUUGAUGGUCAAAGGUACUUGCAGUUAAUAUCUACCAGAUAAUUUCGUGACAGUUAGCGAAAUGUCGAUAUACCUGAUGUCAAAAAGUAUAAGACCAAUAGUUUUUGCAGAACGACUUUGCAUAGUAACACAUUGAUUAAAACAAUAAUAAGUCUAGAAUAGUUGCAUUAUUUGCAGAUUUUGUUACUUUUCCUUUGUAUUAAACAUCUCUAGCUUGAUUUUUGUGAGCAAUAUUUUGUAGUACAGUUAUUUGUAUUUUUGUACUCAGAAUUUGUCCAUACAGCUCAACACUGUACUGUAGAAUGCAACCUCAAGCACUGGCUUGAAUAUCCUUGAGGCAUGCAACUUGAGUUUUGAUAUUGCAUUAUUGCUUAUGUUCUUCUCUAACAAUGGUUUUCUUGAAGAGUGUAAAAAUAA